CGGGUCAGGCGGUCACCGGUCAUCACAGCAACGCAACCUUAUGAACCCACAAUUCACUGCAGUAUAGUGGUUGCCAUGGAGAAAGCUGACAAGUGAAGGAGAAGGAGGAAGGCACGGCUGGCAACACCCACCAUGGCUGUAUCGCCAGCAGAAAUGAGAUGGAACGAAAACUGAGCUUAGUCUAUACCGGAACUUGCGCCUACUUUGAUGUUUAAUGUUAAUGUCGUAAUGCUAUAGCGGGAUUCACCUUCUGCUUUAAGAUUAAAGCAAUUACCGGUGUUAGAUUUCAGCACGCUAGUUACCUAAGUGGUCAGCUUAGGUAGUGUUUUGGAAACAUCGCUAGGCUUGCGAGUGGGAGGAGGCGGCGCACACACCCGAAUCCCCCGUGGUCAUUCGUUGCCGGCGAAGCAUGACAUCGAAACAUGAAACGUUAUCAUGGGUAUCCAUAAAAUAAUAUUUUUAAAUAUCGAACCAUAUCAUCACCAAUUUCAGAAUGCCCGAUCGACGAUGCUAUGAAAGCCCCAACAGUGACUGAUCAGGGCCUGCUUUUUCGAUCUGGAAAUUUCCUGAGUGGAGUAGCUAUUCGUUUUUUUCCCUGGCAAGCUAGCCUAGAUCGCUAGCAUAGAUUUAGCUAGCAUUUUCACUGCAUCCCUGGCUAUAACCGUUAGCAGAACGAUGCGGACUUUAUGGAUGCAUUGAGUUUCGCAGGACCUGUUUGGUGUCUUUGAUAUCCGCUUUUUGUCAUAUCAAGCAAAGUCAUUUGUAUUUAGUGAGCAGUAUUUUAUGGACCUGUCCAUUAGCUAGUGUAGGCUCGCAGCAAAAUGUUGAAUUUGAGACGGCUGUUGCGGUUAUCAAACCGCUCCUUUUUGGCCUUCAUUUUUUUCUUUUCAAUGUCUACGACCUGCUUGUACUUCAUUUAUGUGGCUCCUGGUAUAGCCAAUACAUACUACUUCAUGGUACAGGCUCAGGGGAUAAUAUUGAGGAAUAACGUGCGGACAUUUGGUCAGAUGAUCCGGCUCUACACCAAUAAGAACAGCACGCUCAAUGGGACAGAUUACCCAGAUGGGAACAACUCCAGUGAGUAUGUGGUCCAGCCUACCACGUACCUCCCUGAGAACUUCACCUACUCAUUGAACCUGCCCUGCCCAGAACGCCUGCCCUCUAUGAAGGGCCCCAUUGAGGUAAAUAUGACAGAGUUUCCUGUAGAGGAGCUGGAGAUCAAGUUCAAGCAGCUGGGCAUUCAGUACGGAGGCCACUGGAGACCCACGGACUGCCAACCCCGCUGGAAGGUGGCUGUUCUCAUCCCCUUCAGGAAUCGUCAUGAACACCUGCCCAUCCUGCUGCUGCACCUCACACCCAUGUUGCAGCGCCAGAGACUUCAGUUUGCCUUCUACGUUAUCGAGCAGACGGGUACCCAGCCCUUUAACCGUGCGAUGCUGUUUAAUGUGGGAUUCCGUGAGGCCAUGAAAGACCUGGACUGGGACUGUCUGGUCUUCCACGACGUGGACCACAUCCCCGAGAACGACCGCAACUAUUACGGCUGCACCAACAUGCCUCGGCACUUCGCUGCCAAGCUGGACAAGUACAUGUACAUCCUGCCCUAUAAUGGGUUCUUCGGGGGCGUCAGUGGGCUGACGGUGGAGCAGUUCCGCAAGAUCAACGGUUUUCCCAAUGCAUUCUGGGGCUGGGGAGGAGAGGACGACGACCUGUGGAACAGGGUGUCCUAUGCUGGCUACAAUGUAACACGACCUGAGGGAGAGAUUGGCAAAUACAAAUCCAUUCCACACCAUCAUCGGGGGGAGGUGCAGUUCUUGGGCAGAUAUAAAUUGUUGCGCUACUCAAAGGAGCGCCAGCACCUGGAUGGCCUGAACAAUCUGAACUACACGCCAGAGGUGUCCACUUCCAGCCUCUACAAGAACAUCAGUGUCAACCUGCACCCUGAGCUGGCUCCGAUUGCAGACUACUGAACGCAUGACACACACAUACAUACAUACAUACAUACAUACAUACAUACAUACACUCACACACUCAUGUCUGAUAUGCUCCUCCCGGGGGGGUGUGUGUGUUAGUGAGAGAGAAAGGAAGAGAGGAAGAGGGUGAAGGAUAAUUAGGAAAAGGGUAGGCAAAUUAAACUGAUCCGAGUGUUCGUGGUUUGGACGCAUUUCAGUUUCAAGUCCGUUUUGAAUGUGUAUUUGUUUUUUUUUUGGUCCAAGGUGUGUCUUAUCAGUUUCUGUAUGUGUAUGGAGUCAUAUUGAGAGGUGAAAGUAAAGGUGUGUGUGUGUGUGUGCUGUGCGUGUCUUGUAGGAUUUCAUGGCGUUUGUGUAUUGCGUACAGGGCACUUGGUCUCGUCCAAAUGUCAGUGUGUAAAUAAUGUGGGGUGGUGUUGGAUGGGCUAGCUGAACAAGAGAGGGGGGAAAAAAGCAAAAAACAUAUCUGUCUGAUUGCGUGUUUGCAGACUUGGUUGACGUGUGGGAAUACCUCAUGUAUGAAUUUGUGUGUGUGUGCGUGUACGCCUGUGCCUGUGUGUGAGGGAGUACUUGUGCUUUUCUGAUUCUCACUGCAUGUCAUUGCUGGCUUUAUGCGACUUAUGUCCACAUUACACUACAAGCCAAGAGGCGAGGAGUGCCAGAAUCAACCAAUCGGAUGUUUACUGCAAAGCCUUAACCUAACACUCAUAGGCUCUUUCACCGCUGUUUCCUGUCAAUCACUUGCUUUCACCCACUCAGCAGAACGUGCCACCUCUCGGCUGCCUCUCAGAAGCCAACAGACUUUUUUUCUUUUUUGUUUGUUUAUUUUCUUUUGUUGCAGUGAAUAUCUUAAAGAAAAAAAAAGACCUUUCAGUUGCCAGGAAGUUAAAUGGUUUGAUUUAUGUGUUGCAAAUUGAUGAUUUUUUUUUUUUUUUUAUUAGAAUUUUUUUCUUUUGUAUUUAUUUUUUCAUGUUUUAUUUAAGUAUUUGAAGCACUCCUGUGUCGUGUUGCAUUCCGUGAACAGGGAUUGGUGUGUGUAUAUGCCUCUGUGUGUGUGAGUGUGUAGAUGUUUAUGGGCAGACUCGCGCGCGUGCGUCACACACACUUUCACACACACCUCUGCCUUUGACAUUCUUGUGUUUCACUCUCCACUCUUCUUUUGGCAGCUAUGUAGAUUAAUUUGUUUUUUCUGUUCGCGUCCCCUCUUUAAGAGGAGAAUGAGACCAUCAAAGCGAGCAGGUGUAGUGGGCAAAGAGAAAAAGCAAGAGGGGGGCCGUUUAAAACGACGACAACAACAACAACAACACUGUUGUGCAUGCCUUACUCUUCUCUGCUUUCUUUUUCUUUUUGACAUCGUAUCAUUGGAGAAGCGUUGAGCUUUCUUUCAGCUGUAGUGUCUUCUCUCCUUUUAAAGUGCACUAUGGAACAUGAGAAGCAGAGGGGGGGAGUGUAGAUGGUCCCUCCUUGCUCUGGAGGGGUGGGGGGUAACAGGGGUCAUAGCUGCUAAACACCUCUUAUUGGGUGUAGCGUGUGUGAGUAUGUGUGUCUGUGGAGUGCAUUGUGUACUCUGUGUUCAGUUGUACUUGUGUGUGUGUGUGAUUGCUUUGCAUUGCGGUCUGUUGGACAGCUGGGCCAGGAUGAGGGAGCGCUUGCUCGCGCUCUUGAGUGGCCCCUGGGCCCUGUGAAGCUUGGAGCUUUUUGUGACCAGUGUGCCAGCGCUCAGCAGAUAGAGCUCUCUCUUUCUCUGUCUGUCUGUCUGUCUGUAUAUAGUUUUUUCCAUUUUCUCUAUUUUAAGGUUUUUAAAGUUAUCUUUGUGUGUGUGUGUGUGUGUGUGUGUGUGCGCGAGUGAGAGAGAGAGAGGUUCAGCCGUUGAUUGUCCUUUUUUUUCCUUUAAUUCUUCGGUUGAUGUUUGUGUUAUUUAUCAUAUUGGUGAGCGAUAACUGCUAAUGCAAGCAUCCCAGGGUGCUUUGCAGUCAGAUGUGUUUUGCUUCUUCCAGGCGCAUUAGCUCCAGGAAGUACUUUGAGGUACGAGGAAGGACUUGGUGCUUCUUUCUUUUUUUUUUUUUUUUUUUUUUUUAAAUAGGCUAAGGGUAGUAUUGGGUAGCCAUCUCCUGCUGUUUACAUAGUAACGGUUGCCAAGGCAGGAGAGGUAAAGUCUGUAUUUGAUUUGGCCCUGUCGCUACGGGUUUCACAAUCGUCAGCGUACACAUCUGACCAAUGAUGACGGACGACGAAUUAUUCCAAAAAGAUUUUUUAAAACAGUGAAGUGCACAUAUGUUGUUUGUGUUGGUGUGUCCGGUGCCAAAGUCGGUUUCCUUUUUUCCUUUCCCUCUUCUCUUCCUCCUCCUCCUGCACUGAAAGCUAAUCUAAUAAUGGGAUAUUUGAUAUUUUUAGAUGACUGUGUGUGUGUGUGUGUGUGUGUGUGUGUGUGUGUGUGUGUGUGUGUGUGUGUGUGUGUGUGUACUGUUUGCAUAUACAGGAAGCCCAAACAUAUUGCAGACAGAAAUAGUAUUCAUCUGUCCUAGUAUACAUAUGACCUCGUUGGGGGCCUUGUUUUGGGUCUCAAAAGGCACAGUUGAGAAUCCUACCAGUGUGUUAACGUUAUUCCCCCAGUCCCUAAUCUCUAUGGGCACUGAGAUUCUGCCAAACCUCUCCACAUAUCCCAGUUCCACAUAAGGAGCUUGGAAGGGGUUGUGGGGAGACCGUUUGAGAAGGACCUUGUGGUGGACUGGGCAUAGGCCAGUAGAGGCUGUGUGUUCCUAAGCCUUUCAUCACGAUAGAGGGCCAACACGCACACAUUUGUAAAAUUCCUGUGAUGGGUGUAUGUGGGACUCACUGCCAAGAGUAGUAUGUUGUCUGAACCGCAAAUGGAACCCCACCUUUCUUCCACACAUGUCCUGUGUUCAAUGACGUAGCCCAAAAAAUACAAAUAAACAACAAAAAAGGGGGGCUAAAAGAGAAGAUUAUAAGGACGUAUUCACUAUUACAAAGCUGUAAUGUAGAGCGUUACAUUUUUUGCAGUAUUCAUAUUUGUGCCUUGAGUUUAUUUUAUUUUUUCACUUUUUUUUUUUAUUUUGAAAUGAUAGGUGUUUUGUUUUUCACUUCUGCAUGGUUGCUGAGAUGCAGUGUGCUAGUGUGGCUGGGGCUUUCACAUGCCAAUAGAGUGCACAUUUAUUUUUCAAAGGAGCGAAAAUAAAGACAAUACAACAGUACAAUAACUCAUUUAUCUGUCAAGGUGUCAGUCUGUGGCCCUUUAAAAAAAACAAAACAUAAAAAACAAUGAGAGUGGUGUUAAAUAGUUGAGUUCGGGCCGAGGUUGAGGGUUAUGGUCAUGGAUGGGUGUCUAUCUGUAUAUCUGUUGCUUCUUGGGUCUGGAUGGGGUGGGGUGUGGUGGGGGGCACUCUUUCACUGUAAGCACCCGUUUCCCUAUGGGCCCGUUUUACUGUAACACUAAUUUCAAAUUCACAACUCUGACUGGCUGACUUGAUUGACCGGUACGACUAUUGUUUUUCCAGAAAUCUUUUCAGUUAUGCCGGUCUGUUCACUGCGGUACGCUCUACUGAUCAUUAAAAAGAGUAUAUCGGUGAAA